AUGGCAAUGUCGUCUAUGUACGCCAUCACUUUUAGCCGUUCCCCCCUAGCUCCAGGUGAUACAGGCAGCCGGGGGAGGUCCAGCUUCAGCGGUCGAGACGGGGGCCGGCCCCUGGUGAUAGGGGAACAGCAUUUCAGCACGGGCUGGCAGGUGGUGGUGGAGCGGCACAGCAGGGACACGGGCCCCCGCAAGGACUGGCAUGGCCCGGGGUCCCAGGGCGGGGACUACAGCGACAGCCGCAGGCUCGGAGAGUGCAGGGGCAGCAUGAUGGAUCAGCACUCCAGCCAUUCCUCGUCUGGGAUAAACCGCAUAGUGCAGAUCACCAACAGCUCCCUCUCAGGAGGCAGCGGAGGAUUCAAGCCCUUCAAGGGGGCCCCAAGGAGGUUCUAG